GUCUGUCGUAUCGGCCCCUCUUGUACCCGUGUCCUUUCCUAAAUCACCCCGAGUCCCGGCUUCUUGCUUUGUUGGCUCUCUGAGGCCGCCGUGGCUCAGAGUGCGGGAUCUGAAGGAACCCUUUUUCUCCCCCCAGCCUUGUUGUGCGUGUGAUGUGCUCGGUGCUGGGGCUCUUUGUGCAGCAGAGCGGACCCCGUCCCCGCGAUGCCGCCGUGCAGGUGUACAUUGCCAACCACGUCACACACUUUGAUCACAACGUCAUCAACCUGCUGACCUCAUGUAACACGCCCGCACUGAAUGGUGCCCCUGGCUUCAUCUGCUGGUCGCGGGGCUUCAUGGAGCUGGGAGUGACAGGGAGCCGAGCUGAGCUGGUCGAUUCCUUGAAGGCAUACUCGUCUCACAGAGGAAACCCACCGCUGCUGCUCUUCCCCGAGGAAGCUGCCACCAAUGGCCGGGCCGGCCUGCUCCGCUUCAGCUCCUGGCCAUUCUCCAUCUUGGAUGUGGUGCAGCCGGUUGCCCUACAGGUUCAGAGGCCUUUGAUCGCUGUGAGUGUAGCUGACUCCUCCUGGAUUACAGAGCUGUUCUGGACCUUCUUUGUUCCCUUCACAGUUUAUCAAGUAAGGUGGAUGCCGUCUGUCCCCAGACGAGCUGAAGAGCUGAGUGAGGAUUUUGCGCUCCGUGUUCAGGAGCUCUUGGCUGUGGAGCUGGGUGUGGUAUCCACACGGCUCACUGCAGCAGAUAAAGCUGAGCACAUGAAGAGGCUGAGACAUUCAUCGCAUCUUCCCCUUGCCCCAGCCUCAAGCCAGCCCCUGGCAGCCAGGCUCAGGAUGCCUUCCAGCCUGUCUGGUAUCGGAUCUUUUGCUCCUGAGGAUGCACGGAUCACAACGAUGGCUCAACAGGUCAAGGAGGUUCUGCCUCAUGUGCCUCUGGAGGUCAUCAGGACAGACCUGGCCCAGACAAACUGUGUGGAUACCACUAUUGCCAACUUGCUGGAGGGGAGAGUGCCCUUCUUCCCUGAAAGUGAGGCUGCUACUGACCUGCCUGCUCCAUCUACCUCCUGGGCUGCAUCAGCUUCUGGCAUCCGGGGCUCCGUGGCUUUGCCUUCUUCCAAGCCAGCUACAAAGCAGUUUGCAAAGUCCCCAGUGGAACGGCACCUGUCCCUGCAGGAGAGGAAGCGCGCGCUGUACGACUACGCCAGGAGGUGAGUGCAGCCCCAGUCCCCAUCCCAGCAGUCUGCCCCACGCGUUGCCCAUGCUUUUCUGCUUCACCUCUCCCAAGCGUGCAGCCUGUUGUCAUCUUGGAAAUCUCUGUUUGCCUUGAGCUGUCGCCCGGUUUCUGUUUGUGAGGACUAAGGGGGAUAGAAGCUGUUUACCAGAACCGCAAUUUCUGUGGGAUAGAGCUUAGCAAAAAAAAGUGGGUUUGUUCUUUGGUAUAACAGAUUUGACUGAUAGAAGUCAUUGUGAGACUAUAGACGUCUUUGAAAUAAGGAUCGAUGCUGUGGAACGCUCAUUUUAGAA